GCUUGCCCACCCGCCAUGGGGCUGUCGGAAGCGCCGGGAGGAGGGGCCACGGGGCUCGAAGAUCUCUGUGAGCCGGCAAUGCCAAGAGUCUCUGAGGAUCGUCCUCGCACCCAUUCCACUGCAUCCUCCAACGGGGACAUCCAGGUUAGGGGCCCUUUCCAGGCAAUGGAGCUGAGGAGGCGAGAUUACCAUGUGGAGCGGCCACUGCUGAACCAAGAACAGCUGGAGGAGCUGGGGAGCCGGAGCUCAGCAACUGGGACCCUCCAGUGGCGAACCUGGUUUCGGUGCUCCCAUGCUCGGGCCCAAGCCCUUCUGCUCCAGUACUUCCCAGUUUUGGCCUGGCUACCCCAGUAUCCUGUGCGUGAUUGGCUUCUGGGUGACUUGUUGUCUGGCCUGAGUGUGGCCAUUAUGCAGCUACCACAGGGCCUGGCCUAUGCCCUCCUGGCUGGACUGCCCCCCGUGUUUGGCCUCUACAGCUCCUUCUAUCCUGUCUUUAUCUAUUUCCUGUUCGGCACUUCCCGGCACAUCUCCGUGGGCACCUUUGCUGUCAUGUCCGUGAUGGUGGGCAGUGUGACAGAAUCACUGGCUCCAGAUGAAGCCUUCCUGCAGGCCUCAAACUCCACUGUCGAUGUGGCGGCCAGAGAUGCUGCUCGAGUGCAGGUGGCCUCCACACUCAGUGUCCUUGUUGGCCUCUUCCAGGUGGGGCUGGGCCUGAUCCAUUUUGGCUUCGUGGUCACCUAUCUGUCAGAGCCUCUGGUCCGAGCCUAUACCACAGCCGCGUCUGUGCAGGUCUUCGUCUCGCAGCUCAAGUAUGUGUUUGGCCUCCAUCUGAGCAGCCGCUCUGGGCCACUGUCCCUCAUCUAUACAGUACUGGAGGUCUGCUGGAAGCUGCCCCACACUGUGGUCGGCACCAUGGUCACCGCAGUUGUGGCAGGGGUGGUGCUCGUGCUGGUGAAGCUGUUGAAUGACAAGCUGCGGCGACAACUGCCCAUGCCGCUCCCCGGGGAGCUGCUCACGCUCAUCGGGGCCACAGGCAUCUCCUACGGCGUGGGACUGCAGCACAGAUUUGGGGUGGAUGUCGUGGGCAAAAUCCCUGCAGGGCUGGUGCCCCCAGUGGCCCCCAGCCCCCAGCUGUUCGCCAGGCUUGUGGGAAAUGCCUUCGCCAUCGCUGUGGUUGGGUUCGCCAUUGCCAUCUCGCUGGGGAAGAUCUUCGCCCUGAGGCAUGGCUACCGGGUGGACAGCAACCAGGAGCUGGUGGCACUUGGCCUCAGUAACCUCAUCGGGGGCAUCUUUCAGUGCUUCCCUGUGAGCUGCUCUAUGUCUCGGAGCCUGGUACAGGAGAGCACCGGGGGCAACACACAGGUGGCUGGAGCCAUCUCCUCCCUCUUCAUCCUCAUUAUCAUCGUCAAACUUGGAGAACUCUUCCAAGACCUGCCCAAGGCAGUCCUGGCUGCUGCCAUCAUUGUGAACCUGAAGGGCAUGUUGAUGCAGUUCACCGACAUACGCUCCCUCUGGAAGGCAAAUCGAGUGGAUCUGCUCAUCUGGCUGGUGACCUUUGUGGCCACCAUCCUGCUAAACCUGGACCUUGGCCUGGCAGUUGCGGUAGUCUUCUCCCUGCUGCUCGUGGUGGUCCGCACACAGCUGCCCCACUACUCUGUCCUGGGGCAGGUGCCAGACACAGAUAUUUACAGAGACGUGGCAGAGUACUCAGAAGCCAGGGAGGUCCCCGGCGUGAAGGUCUUCCGCUCCUCGGCCACCAUGUACUUUGCCAACGCUGAGCUCUACAGUGACACGCUGAAGCAGAGGUGCGGUGUGAACGUGGACCACCUCAUCUCCCAGAAGAAGAAACUGCUCAGGAAGCAGGAGCUAAAGCUGAAGCGACUUCAGAAAGAGAAUAAGCUCCCGAAACAGGCUGCCGCCUCCAAAGGCACUUCCAUUUCCAUCAAUGUCAACACCAGUGUCACAGACAUCGAGAGCAACGAUGUGGAGGGCUCCAAGGCCAAGCAGGUGAGCGCAGGGACUGAGCUAGAGGAUACAGCAGCCAGGGGUCAAGAAGAUGCCAAGGCCCCAGACAUGUCCUCACUGAAGACCCUGGGCCUGCCUCAGCCAGAUUUCCACAGCCUCAUCCUGGACCUGAGCUCCCUUUCCUUCGUGGACACUGUGUGUCUCAAGAGCCUGAAGAAUCUCCCGUGGUCACGCAGCUUGAGGUGGGACACUUCUUCGAUGCAUCUAUCACCAAGCAGCAUCUCUUUGCCUCUGUUCACGAUGCUGUCAUCUUUGCACUCCAACACCCGAGGUCCAGCCCUGUCAACCCUGUUUUGGUUACCAAACUCUGACCGUGCUGCCACCUUGCCUGAGACUGCCCACCUCUGGAGGUUGCGACAGGGUACCCGUGAGGACCCCCUACCCCUGGGCUGCCUCCAGAUGUCACCUGGGAGUCCCCUCCGUACACACGCACAUAACUCAGGGAUGGAGGUCCUGGGACUCCAAGUUCAGUGCUCUAGGCCUGGGAUAAGGCACUGGCCGAGUUGGAGGAGCAUGCAUGUUUUUAGCCUCAGGAAUAAAGAUUUGUUUGCCCAAUGCCAGGCUCUGCUGUGGCUUGGUGGGGGCUUGGCAGGGGCAAGGGUAUAAUCCACAGCCCUGGCUCCUGACCCUUCUUAUGCCCCAAAGUGGGAAUUGGGGUCGGAAGUUGGGGGGAAAGUUCGGGGAGGGCAGGGUCAGGCAGGGGGAGUGUGGAGCAGGAGGGAGAGCUGCGGGGCUAGGCCCAGGAUGGGGGCGUCCCAGGUCCAAGUUCCUCCCCAGCCACGCGCAGCCCUCGGCACCUGUGUCCUCGGCUGUAAAAUGGUUGGAAUCAGAGCUGCUUCUCAGGAAUGACCUGUUCUCAGGGACCCCUGAUAAGAUGCAGAGCAGGCCUGGCACUACUGGGCAGCCCCUGGAGGGUGUGGUGUGAACACCUGAGCAACCAGCCGAGGAAGCACAGGGUAUUCACAGGUGUUGCCAGUCUGCAUUGAGAAGUAAGAAUAUGGGAAUUCCCUGGCAGUCUAGUGGUUAGGACUCAAUGCUUUCACUGUCAAGGGUGAGGGUUCGAUCGAUCCCUGGUUGGGGAACUAAGAUCGCACAAGCAGCAUGGUGCAGCCAAAAGAAAAGAAAAGAAAGGAAAGAAUGUGCAUGAUUGAUUUACCUGGGAAAAAUGCUUAUUUGUAUAAUUAGAUCACCUGGGCUUUGCAGGUCACCAUCAGCCAAGAACCACGUGUUGAUUUCUGCCAUAAAACACCAACAUCUGGGCAUGUGGCCCAGUGGGCAGCAAUGGGCCUUCAGGCCAGCUGAUACUGAGUGACUGGGGGCCAGGGUAGGGGGGGAUCGAACCUUUCUGGGCCUCAGUAUCCUCAUCAGGAGAGCAGAAAUGGUAAUAGUACCCACUUCACAGGUUCCUCAAUGAGUAUUAAAUGAGUAAAUGCCACAAACAGCUUGCAACAGUGCUGGGCUCACGUGACCUGCCAAAACAAGUGAGCCUGCCGUUCGCAGGUCCCGACCAGGCCCUGGGCUCUGUGCUGGACCAGUGGACAGAGGCUGCCCUGCCCUGCAAGUCACAGAGGCACCCCUUGCCUGGCUGUUUCUAUCCUGGCCUGUGUUAGUGCCCUGCUCUGUGUUCACAAAUCAUCUGUCCUUUCCCCACCCCCAAAACCCUGCCCAGGAAGUCAGGGCCCUUUGUCACACUGCCUCCAGGCACCAGGAACAGCGCCGGGCACAAGGAAGUGCUUGGUAAAUACUGGUUAAGUGAACCUAUGUACUGGAGUGGAAGGUAAACCUCAAACAUGAACUUGCAGAUACAGGCAGACCUUGUUUUAUUGCACUUCGCCGAUACUGUGUUUUUUACAAAUUGAAAGUUUAUGGCAACCCUGAGUCAAUCAAGUCUUUUGGUGCCAUUUUUCCAGCAUCAUUUGCUCACCGCAUGUCACUGUCACAUUGUGGUAAUUCUCGAAGUAUUUCAAACUUUUUCAUUAUUAUUAUAUUUGUUAGGAGGAUCUGUGAUCAGUGAUCUUUGAUGUUACUACUGUGACUCGCUGAAGGCUCAGAUGAUGGUUAGCAAUUUUUAGCAAUAAAGUGUUUUUUUAAAUUAA